AGCGGAAGUCUCGUUGGAAAAGCGGAGCAGAAAAGGCAAGUUGUGGCAGCUCGCGCAGUUCGAGCACACGUGGAGCCGCGGCGAGUGAGUUGCGGCUGAGGACAGGAUCCCCGCUGGGAACUGGUGUGUGCCAGCCGGUUUCUGGCUGACCCGCUCCUUCCGGUAGGCGGAGGGGCUGGCCGCUGCGAAAUGGACACUCCCCCGCUCUCAGGCUCAGAAUCAGAUUCCGAUGAUUCUCUUGUCACGGACCGAGAGUUGCAGGAUGCGUUUUCCCGCGGGCUCCUGAAGCCAGGCCUCAAUGUGGUGCUCGAGGGGCCGAAGAGGGCGGUGAAUGAUGUGAAUGGCCUGAAGCAGUGUUUGGCCGAAUUCAAGCGGGAUCUAGAAUGGGUUGAAAGGCUCGAUGUGACCCUGGGUCCGGUGCCGGAUAUCAGUGGACCUGUGCCAACACCUCAGAACAAGGACCAGAAAGCUGUUAAUCCGGAAGACGACUUCCAGCGGGAAAUGAGUUUCUACCGCCAGGCUCAGGCAGCAGUGCUUGCGGCAUUACCCCGCCUCCACCAGCUCAAAGUGCCUACCAAGCGGCCCACUGAUUAUUUUGCAGAAAUGGCUAAGUCUGAUCAGCAGAUGCAAAAGAUUCGACAGAAACUACAGACUAAACAGGCUGCCAUGGAGAAGUCCGAAAAGGCUAAGCAACUUCGAGCACUUAGGAAAUAUGGAAAGAAGGUGCAAACAGAGGUUCUUCAGAAGAGGCACCAGGAGAAAUCACAUAUGAUGAAUGCCAUAAAGAAAUAUCAGAAAGGCUUCUCUGAUAAACUGGAUUUUCUUGAGGGAGAUCAGAAACCUGUUGCCCGGAGUGCAAAGGCAGGAGCUAAAGGCCAGCAGAUGAAGAAGGGGCCCAAUGCUAAACGGCGAUAUAAAAACCAGAAGUUCGGCUUUGGGGGGAAGAAGAAAGGCUCCAAGUGGAACAGCCGUGAGAGCUUUGAUGAUGUAUCCAGCUUCCGGGCAAAGACAGCUCAUGGGAAAGGCCUUAAGAGGCCUGGAAAGAAAGGAUCAAAUAAGAGACCUGGAAAACAAAGAAGAGAGAAAAUGAAGAACAGAAACCGUUAAACAGCAUCUUUUUUACAUGAAGAACAGGAAAAAGGGAUGAAGACUUGAGAUUUCACAGUACAAAUGGAUCCUCUCUGUCCUUGUUUUUUCCCCCAUUGGAAAAAAUUAUUUUAAUAAAUUGAAAAUUAUUAAUGAAAUGUAUAUCCUUGGUUGAAAAUUCAGAACUGAAGGACUUAGAAAUAUUUUGCAUAUUAAACAAUAUUGGUAUUUAUUAAUAAUAUGAACUGAUCCAAAUUACCUUUUUUUUUUAUGAUGGUCUGUACCUCCCUCACUUCCUCUUCCCCAUCCUUCCAAGUUGUUUUAUCACUGUCACUUCUUAUAAAACUAGAUGCAUUAUACUCAGAUUUCCUCUGAGGUACUAUUGUUGAGUUUUCCUAAUUUUUUCUGUGUCUUUAUUUUUUCCACAUAUUUAUUAUUUUGUUCACUUUAUGGUUUUCCUGCUCCAUGCUAGGUCUGCUGUAAAACUUAGCCCCUUGUCUCUUCUAAACCUUUCAGGUUGGCUCCAAUAUCUCCUGGAUUUCAUGUUUUACUUCUUAGCGUAUUUCUCUUUUGUUACAUACUAUUUGCUAGUAUCUUAAGAAAGGAAAUAUGAGAAGCUAGUUUUUUAUUAUUAGAGGCCAUUUUUCUGAAAUUGUCUCUAAUUGCUGGCAAAAAUUUUUCUUGAAAAUGCUGAAGGCCCUCGUUUAUCCUGCAGCCUCUUGUGUUACAUUAAGGAAUCUGGUGCUCCCUUGUUCUUGUUCUCUCUGGAAACUUUUUCUUUUCUUUUCAAGAGAACAAAACAGCAGAACAAAGCAGAUCAGAACAAUGCAAGCAACACAGGACUUCAUGGAAACUUUUCUUCAUGAUCUGGAGUUUAAAGUGCCCUGCCUUAUAUUGCUGGUCUGCUUCUAUUUUUUUAUUAGAGUGUUUAGAAGGAUUAAAGUUCUUUCUAGGAAAUUCUAUUUGAUAACCUGUUUUUCUUGCCAUUUUCUUUUGUUCUGAUUCUGGAAUUUCUGUUGAAAGUUAUACUUUGGCAGAAAGAGUUCUUUUGAUUUUUUUCAAAGUAUUUUAUGAAAAUUUGCUUUAGCUUUUAUUUUGAGGGAGUUGCUAUGUAGUCCAGGCUGACCUUGAACUCCCUGUGUAACCUAGGCUGGCCUUAACUCUAGGUGAUCUUCCUGCCUCUGCCUCCCAAAUGCUGGGAUUCUAGGUAUGUACCACCAUGCCCAGCACGUUAGCUUUUACUUUAUUCCCCCAAGGUGGUUUAUUCUCUAUAAUUGGUCCAUUUCAAAUCAUGUAUAGAUGCAGUAAUAUGUCUCUGAGGAUAUGAUUGAUAGUUUUAAUUUUUAAGAUUUUUUUUUCCUGUUCCUGUUUCUUCAGCUGUCUCACUGUGCAUUUUGUGUGUUUUAUUGCCUUGAAUGCUGUGAUUAUUUUAUUUCUCCAAUAAUAAGUCUCUACUUCCUGUGUGGGAGAGAUAUGAUAAACUUGGAUCCCUCUGCAUGUGUGGAGUGCACGUCCCUUAAGACUCCUACCAAUGCCCACUUGCAGUUCUUCAUUCCACACCCUGAUGUCAGGGAGUCCUGGCUAUAGCAUUCUGGGAAGCCUGGGUUCCAUGCUGAGACAUCUCAUUCAGUUUGGAUUUUGUGGUUUCCUCUACCUUCCUCUAUCAACUUCCUAUCCUUUUAAGAUGUGUAAAAUUUUUCUUGAUUUCUAAAAUUUUCCUCCCAUUCACACAAUGUUGUUCCUUCUUUUUUUAAAAUCCCUUUAUUUAUGUAUGUGUGUGUGUAUGUGUGUGUGUGUGUGUGUGUGUGUGUGUGUGUUUGAGAAGGCAGAGGAGAUCAUUAUAUGUCCCUAGUCUGUCAUCUUUACCUGCAGCUGUCACACUGGUGUGGAAGAGAAAGGUAUCGUUAUGGUUGAUACAUUGUGUGAACUUUUGUAAAUAUCCUUAUCCUGUGCAAAGGAGGGCAAGGAGAUUUUUGUGAGUGCUAUACCUGCCUUGGAGGGGUGUGGUGGUGGCUUGUAUAUAAUACAAGCCAGGAAAAGAGGCUUAUUUCCUUCUUGCUCUGGCUGCUGCCUUGAAGUGUUGCCCUUGUGCCAUGCCACCCUGCCUUAGAGCCAGCUGAUUGUGGACUGAAACUUCCACAAACAGCUAAAUAAACCUUUUCUUCCUUCA